UCAGAAUUCAAAAGUGACCCAAAGCGACUCUUUAUUUAAGCCGCAUGUCUUCCUGCACCGGCAUGGCAGAACCCUGGUUUCUAAACCAUAUUUGCCUAAACAUUUUGCCUAAAUAGAAUUCUGGGAGCGUGGGGGUGUGAGACGAAGAAAUAUUGCAUCUGUUUGCGAUUUUCCCUAGAGAAUUUCCAUGACAACAAUUUGGGAUGGCAAAGAAUGCAACACCGGGGAUCUCGGCGGCUCACUGGGGUGCAUUGUGAGCAAAAUAAGGUCGCUGAUUGGUUCAAGGAGAGCACCAUAACUGUCUACAGCGAGUCUGAAUUCAUUCAGCUUCAGCUGCUGUAGGAGCCACAUGAGCUGAACAUCAUUUUUGAAAAUUUAGACAGAGUGCUUUACGAGAUGCAAAACAAUGAUUAUGCGCCAUUUGUGGAUAUUAUGGUAAAUAUGGCUGGAAGUCCCUUACAGGAGUGUCGAUAACAACGCAACGUGCUUUUAACACAGAAGCUAGAUUUGUGUCAUUUGAAUGGAUGAGAUGGCAAACUCUGACAGCGAGGUAAAAACGCUUCUGAACUUUGUCAAUUUGGCAUCAAGCGACAUCAAGGCAGCGCUUGACAGAUCGGCACCCUGCAGACGCUCCGUGGAUCACCGGAAAUACCUACAGAAACAACUUAAGCGAUUUUCACAGAAAUACGCCAAAAUACCGCGCUGUCAUUCACACAGAUCGAGUGAGCCGUCAAAAAUAUCCCAGGAGAAAACUGCUACGUGUGGACACGAGGACACUCGAUCCAGGGAUGUGCGUAGCUUCACUGACAGAAGAGAUUCGAGUUUUGAGGAAAAACAUCUGAACCUGGAUUUGAAUACGACCUCUGAGGAUGAACCGCGAUCGGGUCACGUGCCCAUGCGCAACAGGCAGCUGCCGGCGUCUUUCUGGAAGGAACCGCAUUGCUCCUCAGGCAGCCGAGAACAAUGGGAGCAUUUCCUUAAAAAUAAUACGAACGGGACCGUACACGGCAGACCUCUGCUACAGAACGGCGAGAGAAGAAAAAUGAUUUAUCACGACUUAAAACCAGACCUGUUAUUGUCCAGUGAUGUGGAGCCGCUGAGGAGUGUGGUGUGCGCUUGCUGUGCGAUUGAGUACCGCGGGCAUCACGCACGCUUUCUCGCACCUCAUGCUGACGCGGCGUUCAUCAGGAACAAAACUUCAGAGACAAAUAUCGAAAUAUCGCACAACUUUCUCGAUGGACUUCACAGCAACACCACACAUGUGGUUGUCAAGCCGAUUCCCACUAAGCCAGCGGUUUCCUCUUCCAUUUUCAGUGUGUUUGGCUUUAUUUAGA